CCGGAUGCGCACCCUUCCCUUCCUCCUCCUCCUCCUCCUCUUGUCCGGGCUGGUGUGUCUGCCUUCCGGCUCGCCGAAGAAAGUUGAGGGAGGUUCGGAGGCAUCUGGGCUUUUACACAAUGGACAGCCAGGGAAGGAAGGUGGUGGUGUGCGACAACGGCACCGGGUUUGUCAAGUGCGGCUAUGCCGGCUCCAACUUCCCCGAGCACAUCUUCCCUGCUCUGGUCGGGAGGCCCAUCAUCCGCUCCACAGCCAAAGUGGGAAACAUUGAGAUCAAGGAUCUGAUGGUGGGAGAUGAAGCCAGUGAACUGCGCUCCAUGCUGGAGGUGAACUACCCCAUGGAGAACGGCAUCGUCAGGAACUGGGACGACAUGAAGCACUUGUGGGACUACACCUUCGGCCCGGAGAAGCUCAACAUCGACUCCCGCAACUGCAAGAUCCUGCUGACGGAGCCGCCCAUGAACCCGACCAAGAACCGAGAGAAAAUCAUAGAAGUGAUGUUUGAGAACUACCAGUUUUCUGGAGUCUACAUCGCCAUUCAAGCCGUGCUGACACUCUAUGCUCAAGGUCUUCUCACUGGUGUGGUGGUGGACUCUGGAGAUGGGGUCACUCACAUCUGUCCAGUGUACGAAGGCUUCAGUCUGCCUCAUCUGACCCGACGUCUGGACAUUGCCGGCAGAGACAUCACUCGCUACCUCAUUAAGUUGUUGCUGCUGAGAGGUUAUGCUUUCAAUCACUCUGCCGACUUUGAGACGGUGCGCAUGAUGAAAGAGAAGCUCUGCUAUGUGGGCUACAACAUCGAGCAGGAGCAGAAGCUGGCGCUCGAGACCACUGUGCUUGUGGAGUCGUACACUCUGCCAGAUGGCCGUGUGAUCAAGGUGGGAGGGGAGCGGUUUGAAGCCCCGGAGGCUCUGUUCCAGCCCCACCUCAUCAACGUGGAGGGCGUCGGAGUGGCUGAGCUGCUCUUCAACACCAUCCAGGCGGCCGACAUAGACACCAGGCCCGAGUUCUACAAACACAUUGUGCUGUCGGGAGGAUCCACCAUGUACCCGGGUCUGCCCUCCCGCCUGGAGAGGGAACUCAAGCAGCUUUAUCUAGAGCGUGUGCUGAAGGGAGACGUGGACAAGCUUUCGAAAUUUAAGAUCCGCAUCGAAGACCCGCCGCGGCGAAAGCACAUGGUGUUCCUGGGCGGAGCCGUGCUGGCCGACAUCAUGAAGGACAAGGACAACUUCUGGCUGACCCGGGAGGAGUACCAGGAGAAAGGAGUCCGCGUGCUGGAAAAACUUGGAGUCACCGUUAGAUAAAGCACUGAGCGGACAGAAAACACGCGACAUGCAAUUCCACACACUUGCAGCCAUACACUUCCUCACACACAUGCACACACACGGGCACACACACUUCUUCAUCACAGAGAAUAUAUCUAUUUAUCCUUUUUUUUCCCUUUCUUUUGGCGCUCAGUCUCCCUCACUCCAUCAGAGGGAGUGGAGCCGUCACCUUCCUGCUCGCCUUGAAUUCACUCCCGCUUUCCCUCGCAGUGUCCACGUGGCCCCUCCCCCACUUAGGUAGUGAUGCAGAGGUUCUAGCGCUGGCGGUUGUAAACCAAAGCGAGGCGCUUCACCUGCGACUUAGACGUAGUUCCACCCCGGCAGGUGACCCUCCAGCCAGCGCUUUGGGGACACAGCCCUCUCCAGUGACAGUCAGGUUCCAUCACAACGAAGCCACGGGCCGAAGGUGAGCCAUCACAUUUUUACGCCUGUUUUUAUACCUCUUUCUUUCCUGGGGUUGGGAUGAUGCUCUCUUUUGGAAUUCCAUUUAUAUCCUUGGUUUGCUUUAAUUCUCUUUUGUUGCUGUGCACUACUACCAUUGUCAGUGGAGUACGAUGUGGUAACAGAAGCUCCUCCGUGUUUUUUAAUGAAGAAUCCAUCUAUAAAGGGACGCAGUGAGGCCCUGAUUUAGAUGCGGCUGCUGUCCUGGUACUUAUGGGUUCAGCUGGGCGGGUGGAGGCCAUUUCUUCCUUGUCAAAUGGUCUGGCCUGCGCCGCCCCCGCUGGGUGGGAAUGGUAGUGACGGUUCAGUCUCGGCGCGGCGGCUGGCGAUGAAGUUGUAUUUGAUCACCGAGCGAAUCUGCGAUGACAAAACGGUGUUGAUGUUGAAGGUGCUCCAGUCUGUCACUCCGACGGUCGGUGCCGACGACUGGAGGCACUUCUCGAUUUUCACGAUGAUAAAUGUGUAUAUUUUUUUUUCCUCUUUCCAUGAACGUCUAUCCAGUGCCAAGUGCAGUUAAUGUUAACUGGAUCUCUUAUGUUUUAAUGUCUCUUCUUUUUUUUGUCACUGUUUUUAUUUUGUUGUUCAUAGCAUAACUGCCUAACGCUGAUUUAAAUAAAGAAAAGUGAUUUAUAA